AGUUGAUCCUACUUUUCACCGGUCCUCGGCGUCGCGACGCUCCGCUCGCUCAGUGAAUCCUUCUCCUUCGCAGUGAUUGUGCCGUCUCUCCGCCGCUACUCCGGGCCCCAGUUAUUGUUUACGUCCAGCUUCAGUUUUACUUUUCUCGCGUUUUAUUGAUUUUCCCCCCGCCGGCCCGCGGUUCAGUUACGCUCGAUCCGCUUCCACGUUGUUCUUGGUGCUCGUCGGCUUGACGCCCGGAUCCUAAUAGUGUUGUGCGGAAGUCCUUGCAGCUCUUCUUCCUCGGUGUUUCGUACUACUCUCGAAUGGAACUAGUUUAUUGGAGCGUCUGAUUUUCCUCAGAAUCCAUGAUGAAAAACCCAGAUUCUCAAAAGAGAUGAUGGCGGCAUGUGAAAGAACCUCAAGAGGAAAGGAGGUCUCGAUGACCGGGCAGUGGAAGUCUUUAUGGAUUUUUUCGUUAUUUUUCUCUAAUAUUUUAAAUCAAAUAACAAGCGCUGUCGCAGUCUACAAUGACUUCGAGGACUCGAACGAAGAUGAUUGGAGGCCUGUUUUCCACGACGUCGCUCCAUCACCUCACAGCCCUCGGCGAUACCCGUUAUUUAGUCAAGUUUACACUGUUCCCUCUGCAGCAUUGCGACCCGCUGCGACGAAGAAAGCCUAUCUCCAGGUCCUUUCGAACGCCAACAAAGUCGAGUCGUACUCUCCGCCGAGCAUCCUAGGGCCUUUGAGCGACUUCGGUCAUUCUACGGUGAAAGCUAAAAGGCCCAUCGUUCUAAACAAAACUAACGGUGCAAGUUUACCAUCAGUCAAUCAAAAUAUCUACGAACAAGCAAUUUCAACUCAAAAUCAACACCUCAAAGCACCCGUGAGGUACGAGAACCUGGGGUACUCUGCUGCCCUGCUACCUCCUCCGGUGCUGCCCUCUGCGACCCCGUAUCGACCAGACUCGCAAGAAGCCGACACUCAAGAAUCCGUAAAUCAACAGUACCAGUCCUACAGAGAUGCUGCAUUCCUGCUGAAGACUGUAAGACCGCCUCCUCCGGUCGAGCACAGUUACAGAUUCGGAUCCGCGUCGUCAGGUGCGCAAAACUCAUUCUUCUUCUCGAACAAUGUUCCCCAGCAGUCGCAAGGGCUGAGUGCGUACCAUAUACCCUCCAAGGACAAUCAAAAAAGCCAAGCAGCCAACUACAACAGCCCGUUCCUAAUCGGCGGUCAGUCUCCUUACGGACCUCCGAGUCCGGUAUACCCGGUUGUCGUCAGACCUGCCGUCUCGACGAUCCAUCAUCAGAAUCUAGGCGAACAGUACGUUAUCCGGCCUCAGAGUCACGUCAAGAACACCGAGGAAGUGGUGCUCAAACGCCGCCCGGUUACUUUGUACAGUGGCGACGUGAACGGGAACAAGAACCUCUUGUCACCCGAGGUUCUCGGCAACGCGAAGCGGCCUGACAACACGGAGGCGCCCCUCACUCCAACCAAAAGCCCCGGCAAGCAGGUCUUCGAUCAGCUGGCUCACUAUGCCAGACCGUUCCAAUCCAACAACCAUCGCGAAAAAGACGAGCAGGGGAAGCCCUUUGCGUCAAGUCACCAGUUCAACGCUCCCAACGGGCAGAGACCCAAUUGGGGGAACCCUAGCAAACAAAAGACAAAGGGGCAAGUCUUCGGACUGGGAACGAUCGGGGCCAAUUCCCAAUCGCAUACGUACGAGCCGGAAAAACCGUAUGCCGCGCAGUCACAGGCUCCGUCCGUAUAUCCGGUUUCCGUGACCACAGUUGACGUUUCCGCGGGUUCCCCUGACCCCGUGACCUUCGUGCCAUAUACCGACUCGCAGAAAGACAGUUUCAGACCCAGUCAUUACUACUACCAAAGCACCACUGUCCGCCCGCAGCCGUCGGACAACCACAACUACAACUUCAAUAAAAAUAACGUUUUUUCAACGUCCAGCUCCCAUAUCAACGUGGUCAGCGAGGAGGACGAUUACCCGCCGGCUUUUCUGCCGACCCCGACGUCCGAUCUCCGACCGUUCACAUUCCACUCCGGGAACGGACAAGCCGUGUCCGGAUACACUUUGGAGAGCUCGUUCCCCAAAGGCAAGCACAAGUACGCCCAGGAGCUGCAAGAGAACAACUCGCAGGUGGAUGCGGUAACGAAAGUGCCGGAGUCUCACAGGCGCCGCAGACCAACAGCCGCUACCAAAGCCCCUCUGCAAUACACCGAAGAGCAGUUCACUCCGCCAGCGACUGCGACGGAUUACCCGCAGACCGAUCAGCAAGACACAGAGGCUCCGACCGUCAUCACGUACACGGAGCAAACGACCACCGCUCGAUCUCGCAGACGCAAACCGACCCACAGGUACAAGGUCAAGCCGUCGCAGGAAGAAAUUCCCUCCAUCAAUUUCAACCACGAGAUCAGCAAUAGUGAUUUCAACGGGCAGAACAUCUUCACACAGUUCGUAGACUACACGACCAAUCCCCCAGACGUCAACAACAACCUCGGGAGUAAAAAUCACGUGUCCCAUAAUAACGACAACGGCAAUCAGAACUACCCGUCUGCGGACGGUGGCAACGCCGGUGGCGGAUAUGAAGACGGAGGCAAUGACGAGGACGACGGUGCCAACUACCCGAAUAACGUGAGGCAGAACGAGGUGGAGCCCUCGACCACGACGACAACGACGGCAGCCCCCACCGCUAACUCGAGGAUCAGGAAUCGGUUCAAGUUCGGAAACAACACGCGACCGAGGUUCAGCGUGAAGGACUACAAGGAGAAACUGAAAGUCUCGUCUACGUCGGCUCCGGAAACGAACGACCCUUCGGACGACAUGAACGAGAGGAAAGAAAUCCUGAAGACGAGAUUCUCGACGAGGAACAAGCUUGCGAGUAAGCCGGACACGAGCUCGAAGAACGCUACCGACAGCGACACGAAGGCAGACUCUCCGUCGAAGAAGUAUAAACCCAGAACGAGGCCGAAUCGCUUCAGAACGACCUCGACGCAGUCCGCUCUCGAGGCGUUGACGACGACCACCACGACGGAGCGGCCAGCGUUUAAACCUAGCAGCACGCCCAGUCGAUACAAAAAUGGUGUCAGUAAGUACUACAGUAGGUACAGAACGUCAACCGAAGCUCCCUCCUCCAAUGGCAGUUCGGACACCCAGCCGGCGGCCUCAACCAAAAGCCCUGUCAAACUGAAGGGAGUGUUUUCGGCCAAGAGGCGUCCGUUCCCGGUGAAAGGAGGCACCGCCAAUACGGAGGACUUAAAGACUGAUGAGAGUGAAUCGGACGUCACGCGAGGAGACAAUAUCCCCGGGGUGGAAAAUGAAAUCAACCCGCAGGCUACGAAGAAAGCGGAUAAUUUCGUGGUUUCUUCUCACAAUUUGAGAGGUGAAGAGAGUUUUAUCAAUCCUGAGGUUGCGACUAAGCCGUUGGAUGAUGUAUCGAUGGAGUACGACGACGAGGAAGAGGAAAACAACGCGGCAGCGACCAAAGUGGCGGAUCUGACGUCUUCAUCUUCGAAUCUUCAAAAACAACCGAUCCAAAAUGAAGUCUCCGCGACAAGCAACAACCGGCGGACGGUUCCCCGAAUCACCAUAGCGACCGAUGAUCCAAUUCUCCCCAUCGAAGCUUUCUUCCAAUCUAGUAGACCAAAUAAACAUGACCGUCAACACAGAUAGUACGGCGGUUUCCGUGUCGAUAUAUUUCAUUAAUUUUCAUUCGGCGUAAUUUUCUUCUUGUGAAACCUUACACUGGGGAGAGAAACACAUUGGAUCUAGAGUCCAGACUCUUAAAAACACCGAAAAAUAAAAGUACUCUUGAUUCAAUCAGAAUCCAGCUUAAAUCCAAAAACCAAGUCUCCUAAUUUUAGUGGAUUUCCUUUUGAUUCUAGCAAAAAUCCGAUUGAAUCAAGAGUGUUUUUUCUUGUCAAUGUUUUCAAGAGUUUGGACUCUAUAUCCAAUGUGGUUUUUUUGCCAGUGUAAUGAGGUGAAACUUUGAGGGAGCGAGGGGUACAGCAAUCUCGGUGGCCAAAAAUUGGUUGAACUUGGAUUUAGACUUAGAGUCCACGCCAAAUUAGUUUAUGCACCUCUAAACUGCGACCGAAGAUUCGCCUUCUUGAUGGCGAAAUCACUACUUCAUUUCAUAAUAAUUUCAUUAACUUUCAAUGCUCUCCUGAUCCUUUGUCGCAGUUUAGAAGUGCGUAAACUGGCGUGGACUCCAAUUUGACUUAGAUUCCAGGAGUCACCAAGUUGUUUAUACCGGGUUUUGGCCUAAAAAUAGGACUAUUCCAGGGAUAGCAUGACAACGUGUCUAUAUUCUGGGCUUAGGACCCCGCUUUAGUCUUCGUUUCAUAUUAAUCGUCUAAAGCCAAAAGUUCCUUAGGUUUCUAAAUUAGUGAAUGUUCUAUUUUUCGUUCCAAGAAUUUCCCUCAUGAACGGAGAGCCGCAGUAUUUUAUCAUGAUAGAAAUCUGAUGAAAAUUCAAAUCCAAAGAAAAUUAAAACGAAUUAAUUCAUCGGUUAGUAAAGUACCUGAAUAUCGGGUGUGGUAUUGAGGUUACACAUGUUGAGGCAACUUCCAUGAAUGCUGUUUUGGUGUUGCUCAGUAAUCGUUAUGCGGGUGCUUUUUUUACACUCAACAAAAAUAAGAGCUUUUAAUGUGCAGUGAAGCCCUUGCGCAUCCAUGAAACUAGUUUCCUGGGUUUUUUUGUAAUUCCACCCUCUUACUAAGACAGUCAUCCUUGAGAAGUGAGAAAAUUCUAAGGGAACUCUUCAGACUUCUCAAUGCAUUUUUGCCACACUCUCCAUCAAAAAAGAUGUGAUCAGCGGAAUUAGAUGGAAAUGAAUUGCCUGCAUGAGUUUAGUGUCGUUCCUCCGGGGAAAACAUGCGAAUAUCAUUAGUGCUUACAUGUAGUUUGAUUGGUAUUUGUCAACCUUGAAGUUUCGAGAAACACCUGUAUUUCAUUAUUAUACAAAGAAGCUCUUGCAUCAUUCUCACUUGAAGAUUCCUUGCGCAACGGAAUAAAAUUGAUCAGCAGUGUUUCAAUCGGAAGUCCCGUAUCGGGUCUGAUGGUAAAAGUAUCAUGUGCAAAGCCCCUUUGAAGACUAAAAUUUAAAAUACACAUUUAAAGUAUUGACUCCUGUAAGUAAUAACAUCGGAGGAUUGUCAUAAGCAACUAUGAAUUAGAAGAAUUCUGCACUGAACGAGCUUAUCAUAUUAUGAACGUAAUGGGUCUAAUAUUAUUUGGUCCUUAAUCUGAUUCAGUUUGGGUUUUAAAAAUAUUUUCCCAGUUUACGAAGUAUCUCUUAAAUACUCCCGUGUCCAUGGCGCGGCACCGUGUUGUCAUCAAGAGAUUUCAGAAUUUCAUCAUCUGAAAUGACAAAAUUGUCCUUGUCCUGGCCAGUAGUAGUAUUUUACACUGUGUAUUGUCUUCAUUUUUUUUCGACUGUGUAUUAUAUUAUCAAAAUUCAGACACGAAAUACUGGAAGGUAAUUGUUGUCGCUAACGACGAUUCCACUCUAGGUUACUUUAGGUUAUGGUUGUAAAUAUGUUUUUACGGAUUUAAAAUCCUGAUUUUUCCAAAACAGAAUGUCAAAUAUUUUCCUGUAGAUAUUAUUUAUUUAUUGAUGUACCUAUUGUAAUAAAUACCAAACCCUAA